AGGGAGUGCGCUAUAGAUCCACAUCGGAAGCUGCGUCCAAGUCCAGAGUACCGCCCGUCCAGCACAGCGCAGAUUGCGGCGGUGCGUUGUGCCCGCGGACACGAUGGCAGAAAAGCGACGUGCAAAGAAGCGGAAGGAUGAAUACACGGGUCCCGGCGGAGCGGAUCCUGAAAUCGAGAAGGCUACCAAAGAGGAAUACAAGGUCGCGAAAUGGCUCAAGUCGAACGUGCCGACCAAGAAGACCAAAUUUCUGAAUCACAAUGUGGAAUACUUCUCCGCCAUCAAAGCGAUCGACGCACUGUUGGCGUCAAAGUUUGCGCAAGGGGACAACAGUCUGUUUCCGCAUCGCCAGGCAGUGAUCGAUUUUAUGGGCGAUAUGUUGUUUCACAAGUUUUUUCACCGGGCCCGAAAGGUACCCGUAAGCGAGCAGGAGCUCCGCGGCAGCAAGGGCAACAAGAAGCAAACGGUGGUCGAAUCGGCACCGAAGGAAGAACGCGGUACGGACGCCGAAAGUAGUCAUGCCGAGGGUUGUAAAGGGCUCGGGGCGGCCUCGGAGGCGGCCGACGCCAAGCGAAAGCGUAAGAUCCGACUGGAGAUGCACCCGGAGCAGCUGUUUAUUGAUGGGCACGAGGCGUACGUUUGGCUGUACGAUCCGAUCCCGAUGCACUACUGGAUCUUCGGGGCACUGCUUGUGGUCGGCGCGAUCGUGAUCUGUCUGUUUCCGUUGUGGCCACCGCUGCUCCGGAAGGGUGUCUACUAUCUGAGCAUUGCGGCGGCCGGAUUUCUGGUAUUCAUUCUCGGUCUGGUUGUGCUGCGCUGCAUCAUCUUCUGCCUGGUUUGGGUUGCCACUGGCGGUAAGCACCAUUUCUGGUUGCUGCCGAAUUUGACCGAGGAUGUCGGAUUCUUUGCGUCCUUCUGGCCACUGUACAAUCAUGAGUACAAAGAUGGCCAAGCUGGCAGUGAAAAGGGUAAAAAGUCCAAAAAGCGAAAACAGAAAGACAAGGACAGUGGUGGGGAAGAGGAAACAAACGGAACUUCCGUACCACCCACCAUCGACGAGGUGAAAGAACGUGACGCGGACACGGUUAAGGUAGUCUCGCAAAAGUUACCCACCGAAACCGAAGGAUUAAGGCAGCGCAGUAAGCAAACCCCACCGGAACAGCGAGAACCAACGGUAGCGGCGACAGCGACGAGCGUGUCCGAGGUGCUCGAGGAAGAGCAAAAUGACGAGGAAAAAAACUCUACGACACCUUCGGAAAGUGACUCGGAAGGAUCACAGCGUUCGUCCACGGGGAAGGACUUUGAGAUGGUAGAACCAGAUGAGAUGGUGGAAACCUCGUAAUCAGUGACCCGCUUGGAAACGCGUAGAAUACGACUACGACUAGCACCGCACGUUCCGCCGACAGACACACACCACAUCAUACAGAUUCAUCCUUCACCUUCAGACUGUCUGUUACUGGACGGUGGUUGCCAGUGAUAGUCCCGAGCAGACGGCCAUUCGCAUUCGAAACAUACUACCACCACGAAUCGGAAUGCUAAUUUUUCUUGUAGUUUUAUUCCCCGGAACGCUGCGUUCUAAUCUGACUCGUGUUUGGCUAUUAUUCGACUGCAACAACCGGCUCAUUAUAAAGCGUAUCAAAACUGAGAGCGAAAGAAGUGAUAGCGUUCGUUAGAAAUUUGAAUACUUUUCUUGCAGCCAUUCUUAGCGCCUAUCGGUCAGUUGCGAAUUGAUAACGAAGGAAGGCCACGCGGAUGUGGGCCCUACCCGUGCUCUAGGGGUUUUUGCAUUUGCAUUUCGAUUUGCAGUGGAACACAAACCAUUAGUUUACGCCAUCAAAACCACUCCACUCCAAUGGACAGAUUUACGUAUGUGGAAAGAAAACAUGGACAUAAACCUUUUACACGAUCUUGACAAUUUGCGAACUUGAAUGAAGGGUCAAUCCGUGAACGGGCAAAUAUCGAUUCUAGUUCUUCGCUCGCAAUCCACAUGUCUGAAUCUCGCCGUUAUCUGUCCGCUAACGUGCGCUUGGCUCGGGAAUACGAUCAUCAAAUCCAGUACAAGGAAACAAACAAAACAGAACCGAGUAGCAUAGAAAGUGUCCCACAAGCACAGCCCGCCAAAAACGGUUCCUUCCUAUUUUCUACUCCGUGUGCGAACGACGACGACGAUCGGCUUGGUGGCGAUCGCUUGAACCGUCUGUGCUAACGUGCAGUGCGCGUACAAUGUAUUACGAUGGUAGAAGGUCUUGCGUUUUAAUUUAUAUGCUAAAUAAACACCUUUCUCCGCACACAUAAUUUAUAACCUACAGAUUGUAGCGCAAUUCGUUAUUCCCUCCCAGGCGGAAGAGCCGCCGAACGCUACCCUGGAUACCCAGCUAGAUUCACUAGGAUAGUUUACGCUCCGCACUGCAGUGGAGCUUUUGUGCUGGAAGGAAAAAUCCAUCACUUUCAAAUGACAAAAUUAACAACAGGAGAAACAUCAUCAGUAAACGAAAAAAGGAUUAACAAAAACAUCAAAACUAAGUGCAAACGUUUAGUGCAAGAGAUUUUGGGAUAGAAGAGGAUGUAGAGAUUCGAAGAAUGGGUUUUUGUAGUGUGCCAGUUAGGUACGGUUAUAUUCAAUAAACUUUAUACGUACGAAAACUA